AUGGCCAGAUUCUGCCCAAGCCUACUGCUCUUUGUGGCCACUAUGGUCCUCGUGUCCAGAUGUAUCCACGCCUGGGGCUCAUCAAAGGUGGUAAGGAAAUUUGAAGAUAUCCCGGAAACCUACGUCUAUGUGCAGCAGGCACUGUGGUUCGCCAUGAAAGAAUAUAACAAGGCCAGCAAAGACAAGUAUACCUUCAAGGUGGUGCAGGUUCUGAAGUCCCAGGAGCAGGUCACAGAUAGUUUGGACUACUUUCUUGAAGUCAAAAUUGCUCGAACAAUGUGCAAGAAAUUUUCAGGAGAAAAUGAAAACUGUCUAUUACCACAAGAUCCCAAAAUGCAAAAGAUGUUUCUUUGCACUUUUAUUGUUGCAUCCAAGCCCUGGAAAUUUGAACUCACUAUGCUGAAGAAACAAUGCAAAGAUAUCUAA